UUACAAUACCAUUACACACGCACAAACACAGGCACAAGCCACGAGCGCCGAAUCUCUGCGAACCAACCAACCCCUCUCUGAAAAUCCCUCAUACAGUUCCCUCUCACAACGGCUCCUCUUUGUUCUACUUUGGGAGUUUGACCUGAUUACGCAUACCCUUAAUACCAACAGCCAACUCUAUUGCUCCGGUCUCCAACAUGUCCGAACGAGGCUCGUUCCGAGGUGGUGGUGGUCGUGGCCGCGGCGGAGGUUAUGCCCGGGGCGGUCAGCGCAGUGGCGGUGCAGGUGGCGGUACGGGCCAGCCACAUCAGCAACAGCAGGAGAGGCCCAAGAAGGAGAAUAUCCUUGAUCUGUCCAAAUAUAUGGACAAGGAAGCUAAGGUGAAGUUCAGCGGUGGUCGUGAGGUGACGGGAACGCUCAAAGGCUACGAUCAGCUUAUGAACCUGGUUUUGGAUGAUGUUAAGGAGUCUAUGCGCGAUGACGAGGGCAACGAGACGACUCGUGCCCUCGGGUUGAUCGUGGCUCGCGGCACCUUGAUCGUGCUGAUUUCGCCCGCCGAUGGUAGCGAGGAAAUUGCCAAUCCUUUUGCCCAGCAAGAGGAGUAAGCACGUGCUCUCUUUUUCAUCAUGCUUUUACUCUCAAGUCAGGAACCGGUGCUUCCGGUAUUCUUCCCCCCCCUGUUCAAUCCGCAAGACGAGGCGCGGUAGCAAUCAUCAUAGCUAGAGUAAUGAUUGGCUGCUAUCUGCGUCUUUCCAUCACAGCAUUAUCCUUUAUGCCAUAGCUGGCAGUCCUACGCCAAUAAUGAUCAUACGGAACGAUUGAAAAUGAGACACGUCCUCCCUCAUGUAUGUUUUGUUGGUUGUGUUACAUAAUACAUAGAGCGCAAUCUUAUCUAUGAUUGAAUGGAAUAAAAUAUGCAAAA